GAGGACCCUGACCAUCCUAUAUAACUUCCACGUACUAUACAUCCAAACCCCUAUAUAUACUACCACCUCAGUCCUCAACUUCCACCAUAACCAAACCAAAGUACACAUAUCUUCUUCCAAAGCUCUUCAACCUCAACAACAAUGGCGAAGCUCUCAUCCACUGUAGCUCUCCUCGCAGCACUGCUGCUCGUGGCCCAUGCCGUUGCCUUCCGGACCACCAUCACCACCGUGGAAAGCACAGAUGACGAUAACUACAGUAGCUCCGAGCAAGAAUGCCGCCAGCAGGUCCAGAGGCAGGGCUUGAGCCACUGCAGGAUGUUCAUGAGGGAGAAGAUGCACGGUGGACGAUACGACGAGAUCGAAAACUACAGCCAACAUUUCGACCAGUGCUGCGCGCAGUUGAGGAAUGUCAACGAGAGGUGCCGCUGCCCGGCGCUGGAGAUGGAAAUUGAGCGGGAACAGAUGGGGAGCCAAGAGAAACAGCUGAUGAAGGAGAGUGCUCGAGAUCUGCCAUCCAUGUGCAAAAUGGGGCCUCAAUCCUGCCAUUUCCAUUCUCGCUUCUACUGAAGUUGGUGGAGUUAAGCUUCAUGGUUUCGAACCAUAUAUAUCUUUAGAGAAAAAAAUCGCACAUUAUCGUGUGCUCACCUCCCCUUGUACUUUGUUUUUAUGUUUGUAAAGGAGCUUUUUAAGGCUCUUUCUCGAAUAAAAUGGAUACUUGUACUUUUUAGUCA